AUGAAUGAGAUCGCCCUCCGCCACGGGUACAAUUCCCUUUUCAUUCUCACACUCACUCACGCCUCUCUCAACCUCCAUCCCUUGAAAAAUAACCAACCAAGUGAAUUCAGAAUACCUCACAACCACCACCAUGUCCCUUCUCUUCUCAUUACUAGCAUUUCUCAUGCUAUUCACCACCGUCAAACUGCCUCCGUUAUGCGCUUCCAGUUCAACGACUGCUUCGUCAAUGGAUGCGAUGGCUCAAUGCUGAUGGAUGACACAAACAACACAACAUCGAUUUCCUUCGAAUCAUCCUCUGUUUUAUGA